UCUCCGUCAUUGCUCGCUCGCUGGCGUCGCUGGUUCGCCCGCCCUUCCACCCGGAUCAUCGACAAUUGGUGUGACCAACAUUCCUGCAUUCACUCUUCACAUCAUUUUAACUGUCGCUGCAAGUCCGCUCGGCCGAAUCCGCAUUCCGACGCAUUCCUGGUGUCAAGUGCAUGCGUUUCCACUACGACGCAAACCCUAACCUCAAUCGCUCUCGUUACGAUUCAAUAAUUUGAUUUUUCCUGGAAGAAAAAUAACAGGAGAAGAACGGUUUCGGUGAGGGAGGAUUUUUGCUUUGGCGGAGAUGGACGGCGAUUGGAGGUGGAGGCAGGAGGGCAGGAGGGCAAGAGGGAUGCAGCAGGGAAUUAGUGAAAGGGAGGUUUAAGAUUGGGAGAAUUUCUGAUAGGUUUUUCUUGAAGUGAUGAGUCCAUGGUUGGGGAGCAUGGGUUUGCGAUGGCGGAACGGUGGUAGGGAUGCAAGGAUGAGAAUGUCGCCUCUUGGAAGACUUGAAGGUGGCAAUGGGGUGGACUUUAUAGGCUUGGCAAUGGCGUUCGCAACUAUGUUAACUUGGCGUGAAAUCAUUGAUUUUGUAGCGCUUGUUUUUGAAGAUGUCAGAGAUUGUAUGAGAGAGUGUCCAGGUGUCUUGUCCUGCCGUUGAUCGACUUUAAGCCGGACACUAGGAGAAUGUCUAAAUUACAAGUGCAUGCGAAUAUUUUUCAGCAAGGUCAUUGGAGCAAGGUCAGAUGCUGCUUAUCGGGUACGUUUAGAGUAGACCUUCCAUUCUUUUGGUUGAUACCAAUUUGGCCUAGAGGGGCCUCCUGAAAUCUUAGGGCACAGUGGAAUCAACCAAUUGUUAGGGGCACUUGACCAGUUGGGUCUUUAUUCUUUUCUCAGUGAAGCAUGUAGCAUAUACGAUGCUGAUCUGAUGAAGGAGCAACAUCUUUCAGGACUCGGGCUCCUGUACUUUUCUUCCUUUACUGCUUUCUCUGUAGAGUGGUAGUGCUAAGCUUCCCAGGAGUUUCAGAGCUUUCUGGGUUCCAUAUACAGAAUUUGCAUCGGUAAAUUUAUCAUCAGUAGAGGCAGGUCAGACUGCGAAGUUGGAGCCUUGAAAGGCCCUGCAGAUGUCAAGAUGCAUCAAGCCACUCCUGUGGAUGACCCAACCGUACAUAGUCUCGAUGAAAGUCAUCUGGACAUGGGUGCAUUAAAUACCGACUUCAUCGAGGGUAUUCUCGAAGAAGACGUACUCGCGAUGCAACCGGACGAUAUGAAAGAGAAUCUAAACGUGGCAGAGGUGAUAGCGGAGCUUGAGAAAGAGCGACGCAAAAACGUAGAGCUUCUGGGCCGAGUUUCAUCUUUGGAAGCAAAGCUAGGUUGUGAAGACAGCAAUACUGGACCGCUUCUGGAGCGCACAGAUGUGGAGGAUGACGCUCAUCAGGCUCUCAAAAGGCUCAGAGUAGGAUCAAUAAAGAGCACAGAAGAAGAGGACAAACAGGAUGCCAGUGCUAUGUCAAGCCCAAAUCAUAUAUCUUCACAGAUAUCAGAUGCAAUCUCCCCAAGGUUGGAAAUUUUUAAUGGUACUGGCAGACCUGUCCUUACGUCAUACGAGUCGAUGGUGAACUGGAUGUGCAGGGAAGAUGUGAGCAGCGCCGAUAUAGAAAAGUUGAAUGAUGCGGGUAGUGAGGAUGAUGAAGAUGAUGAAGAUGAUGAUGACGAAGACGACGACGACGACGACGAUAACAACGAGCUUGGGGACAAUGGGCGUCGGCAAGCAAGAGAGAAGGUCAAACCAGAUGAGCAAGAUAUAGGGUUAUCCACUCGUGUACUAGAUUCAGAUGACAGUGGUGGUGAGGAAACAGGUCUUAAAGACCAGAAAAAGGGUGAAGGCCAGAAGACACUUCAAGGAAAAAGGAUUUACUGGAGCAAAAGGUACGGCUAUGGACCUUAUCCGGUCAGAUACCGAGAGGCAGGUAUCUAUUCUUCAUACAAGAAGGCUCCUAAGAUUGCCUUCAGCCCAAUGGAGGUGAAGAGAAUAUUGGAUUCUGGAGUUUUGUUGCUGAAAAACGCACAGUCGCAUACGAUGCGCAAGAUCAUUGUAUUCUCUUGCCUUUGUAUCCGGCAUGGAUGUGAGGAUUUCUACGAACUUGAUUUCAACCAUUUUCAGGUCUUUAACCGAGGAGAGCCCUAUAAGUCAACAAAGGACCCUGGGGAACACCUCUUAUACUCUCACCCGAGUGGCCGGACAAAAAUAUUUUUUCCAAAUCGUCAAAACCCUGUGUUGUGCCCCAUACGCAUAAUUGAUGAAGAAAAGGAAAUGCGACCUACUUAUGCUGUCACGCCUUCCUACCUUUUUCUUUGUAUGAAAUAUGGAGGGCGCACACGAAACCUGCCUCAAAAUCAGGUAGUGGGGGAUUGGGUGACUAGGUACGUGCGGCAGAGGAUGGGGCGUAACAAGCUGAAGUCGUUUGGACCACUCAUGUGCCAAAUGGCGUUGCUGGUUCAUGUUCGUACAGGAAGUUUUUUCUUCAAAGCACUUGGGAUCACCCUUCUCUUUAUGGCUGGGUUCUCUGAUGACCAAGUGCGGAAGGAAACUAAGUAUCGUAAUCUCGAUUUGUUGCGAAAAUACUACCGGUCUGAUGAGUCUGCUAAAGUAGAACAAUUGUUUCAUCCGUUUCCAACAUUUUUUUCUCCAGCGUCGCAGCUUUCGUCCUCGCCCCAGGGAACAACAGCACAAUCUCAAGCUCCUACAUCAACAACUCUGCCUCAAGCAGCUCCGCUAGUGAAGAAGCCCCCUCCACUUCUCGUUCGCAAAGAUCCUGCACCUGUGCCAGUUUCCGUCACUGCGAGGCCCAAACCAUCCACUGACCGUCCGUAUAGGCGCAUCCCACCACUGCCCUUCCACCUUAUGAAAGCUCCAAAACGAGGACGGAAGCCCAAGAAUGCUGAGAAGUCGAAUCCAACUCUUCUUGCCCCUUCUCCUUACGGCGCUUUUCGGCAUUACCCACCCAUGGGAUUUCCUCCUAUGCCACCCCCUCCGGGCUGGCGUCCAGGAAAUGGGUUUCCCCCUCCAAGCUCUUUCCCUUUUCCCUUCCCAAUGUUUCCUCCUAAUCCACAACUGGGGUCCUCUUCCCCUCCGCCAUUCUUCCCUCCUCCCUUCGCAUUUCCUCCGUUCAUGGUGCCACCUCCUCUCUCAUCUCCACCUCAGCCUUCGCAGCAAACGCCUGCACAGCCAGAGUCCAUACAGCAGGAGCCCCACCAACCUGAUGUACAGUCUCUAUCUUUUGUCACAGAGUGUGACCGCAAAUCUGGGGGCACGUAGGUGGCCACAACGAAAAUCGAGAUGGGUGGUCAGGAGCCGUGGAUUGAAAGCCCAAAGUGACCAGAGGUCCGGUAGUAGUAGCCAAGUGGGAUGACAUUUUUUUACUACCUACAGAGACGGAGUUGCUAGUUCCAAUUUUUUGCCACCAGUUGAAGCAACAGUACAGAGCGCUGUGAGGAUGGACUACAUUUUUUUCUUACAUUCUCUUUAUCUUCGAACUAGCGCCGUAGACUGAUCUCAGGGCCAUCUAACCAGUGGCCGUGACAAUGUGAAUAUUAUCUUGUCGACAAAACUUAAUUGUUUUAGGUGUAUGUUAAGAUACCUUCCAAA